GCGCGUUACAGAAAAGAAAAUCCAGUUGAAAACAUUAUUGAAAAGAUCGACCACAAAAAAUCGAACAGAAGUUCGACUCAUAUUCCAAGAUCAGUAAUUCAACAGUCGAUCAUUAAAUCCAGACAAAUGAUAACUACAAUUAUGAUCGGUUUAUGCAUUGGAUUUUCGACUGGUUUACGUGGACCACAUCAUCCGCGAAGCGCUGUUUCUCACCAUCAUUACGCCCCGCAAAAAGACGUGAAAAUAACGCAAGAUACAGAAUUAUUACAGGAUGCUACCCAUUUAAAAGAAGAUAUAGGAUCAAUGGCGGACCAAUUGGACUUUUCGAAUAUGACUGAACAGGAGAUCGAAUUCCACUAUUUUAAAGUUCACGAUAUCGACAAUAAUGCCAAAUUGGACGGAUUAGAAAUUCUUUACGCGAUUCAACAUACAUUUCACGAAAACAGACUUGCCAAUGCUAAACGUGAAAAUUCAAACGAAAACAUGAAAACUAUGGAUUAUGAAGAUGAUUUGCCCUGGAUCGUAGAACUUGUGGAUAGAGUACUCAGAGAAGAUGACGUGGAUCAUGAUGGAUACAUUGGAUAUAUCGAAUAUGUUCUUGGAAGACAAAGAGAUCACAUUGCUCAAGCAAAACGAAAUAACAAAUCGGACAAAUAAAAAUAUAUCUAAUUCAAAAAAUUCUUAAUAAAUAAAAUGUAUUACAAAAUACUAUGUAAUAUAUAAAUUUAUGUCUAAAAUUUAUGUCAAACA